UAUUUCUGGCGAAGCAGGUGAUAUGUAAGAAGAAGAUGAACGACGUGCAUCAAUCUCUGUAAAGCAAUGGCCGACGCCGCCGCCCAAGAAGAAGAAGUGGCAGCAGAAGUGGAGGCCGUACAAGCGGUGUACGGCGACGAUUGUGUGGUUCUCGAAUCGUACCCUCCUCAUCUCCACCUCUACAUCAAACCUCGCACCGCCGAUGUCGCUUCACAGCAGUUUGUGGAAGCUGUUAUUGGAGUUCGAGCAGGUUCUCAGUAUCCGAAUGAACCGCCACAUAUUGAACUUUUAGAUUCAAAGGGUCUUGAUUUUCAGAGGCAAAAACAUCUAAUGAAUUCGAUACGGGACAGAGCAUGCGACCUCUCAUCUUGUUUAAUGCUUGUGGCGAUUUGUGAGGAAGCAGUGGAGAAGCUCUCUGUUAUGAAUCACCCUGAUGGAGAUUGUCCAUUGUGUUUGUAUCCUUUGGUCCCAGAAGACGAGCAGAGUAAAGUUUUGCAAUUUAUGAAGUUGAUGUCUUGUUUCCAUUGCUUUCACAGUGAGUGCAUUAUUAGGUGGUGGAAUUGGAUUCAAACAGAAGAAAGAAGCAAUGCCAGUGAUUCAUCAAGUGCACAUGUGCCUCCUAUUAGAGACUUGCGAAAUCAUAAAGAUACACGUGGAGCUGUGGAAGAGAGUAUGGGAAACUGUCCAGUUUGCCGUAAAGUUUUUCAUGCCGAGGAUUUUGAACACGUGCUCGACUUGGUUGGCAAUCAUUCCUCACAUUUGAGUCUGAACGAUAACGAAGACGAUGACGGUGAGAAACUCCUGCAGUCUGAGUCAGAGAAUGCACGGCGACAAAACUUUGAGGCCCUAUUGAAGUCACAGCAAGAAAACAGUGGUUUAAUUGAACCUAAAAAAAAUAUUGUUGUCUUGCCUGGUAUGUUACUUCCACCACCGGUUGCAUCAUCCACAUCCGAGACAGCCAAAGAAUCUGCUGAAGAACAACAAAGAGAGCCCCCAGGCACCUCAGAAAUGCAUUCUGGUGGUUCCUCAGAUAGGCCUAAGACCCAUGAGCAGAGGAGUUCCAGCUCAAGGGAACGGAGAGUACGUAAUACAAGAAGACCCGUCAAACAGUGGAUAAAGAAAGAGAGUGGCAGGGCAGAGUGAGUAAUUGAUCUGAUUCUUGAGGUAAGUGAGUGACUGAUAUUGUUCUUGUGGGAGCUUUUUCUUUCCCCGAAGUAUUCAUGUCAGCCAAGGAUGCUCUAUAAACAGAGUGUAAAAAGGAAAAAAAAAAAAAGAAGGAACAAAGAAAGAAAAAUAGAGAGAAAUUCUCUCUGCAAGUUAAUCAUUAUCUCUCUGUAAGUUAAUGUUGUGUUUUUGUGUAAGUUAAUCAUGCGAUUUUGAGUUUGAAAUUUCAAGGUAUAAAAUCCAAAUUUUGGAUCA